GAUUGCAGGCAAGUAGAGUCAUCAGAAACAGUUCUUCCGGUGCAACAACAAUGAUCACCAUGUCUCACCUCUGGCGUGACGAAAUUUCAUUCCGCCAUUGACAAGCCUUUUCACCUCUAUCCCAAUGCCAUGUAUCCACUCUGCUCUUCCCGAGAAAUACCGGCAUAGGGAUAUAUCCUCCGAACAAAACAGAGAUGGGCCGAUUUUCAAUCAAACCACAAGCCAGUUUAUUGGGAGUAAGUUUUCAUUGAAUUUCAAUAUUUGCCACCCGCGCUUACCUCUCCAGGCUUCAUCAAGCUAGAUCCUCACGAUCCAUUGCGGUCCCCAUUGCUCUGGCCUAACGGGCACAACAAUCUCCCACCCACAUACAUGGUUGUUGCAGGUGCAGAGCCCUGGAGAGAUGCUGGUCUGAUUAUGAAAAGAUGUUGAGAGAAAUCGGUAUGGAGACGAUAGUUGAUAUCUUUGGUGGGUUGAUACACGGGUUUUGGAAUAUCUUCCCUGGUGCGGAGUUCUCUAAGGAGUAUAGGAGGAAGGUUGAUGAGGGGUUGGAAUGGUUGGUUGAGCAGCCGAAGUGAAGGGAAACAAGGCUCUAGAUAUUUAUCAUUCAAGAAUUACUGCAAAAUCUAAGAUUUAGCAAUUCCAUUGCUGAUGCGGGUCACACUUAGCUGCAUUAGGAGAAUAACA